GCUGUACAGAAAAGCGCGUGCGCGUGAACGCGCGCAGCUCGCCGCCGAAUUUUCUGGGUUUAGUUCUUGUUCCUGAUGUGUCAGAGAUUCUGCGUUUACUGAGCCCAGGCUGCAGGAGCUGGAGUUCAUAUUUACAUUAUAACAGCAAAACCAUACCACGAUGCAGACUCUCACACCGCACGUGUUCUGGGCCCAGAGGCACGGCGAAAUUUACCUGCGAGUGGAGAUCAGCGAUGCGAAGAACCUUGACAUAAGCAUACAAGAGAACAUCCUUCACUUUAGAGGUCAAGGUCACGGAGCAAAAGGAGAAAAUGAAUAUGAAUUCAGCUUGGAGUUUUUAAAUCCAGUGAAACUCGAGAUAAAACACAAGUCCACCCAGCGGCAGGUGAAUAUCACUGUGAGAAAGCAGAAGCACUGCUGGUGGGAUCGACUUACCAUGCAAGAGAAGAAACCAGUGUUUCUGGCCCCUGACUUCGACCGCUGGCUAGAUGAGUCUGAUGCUGAGAUGGAGCUGAGGCAAAAGGAAGAAAGAAUAAAUAAAAUAAGCUUUGAGUCAAGGAUUCCAAAGGACCCUUACCUAGGCUUGAAAAAGGGAUAUCUCUUCAUGUAUAAUCUGGUCCAGUUUCUUGGAUUCUCCUGGAUCUUUGUCAACAUGACUGUUCGCCUUUUUAUACUUCGGGAAGAUUCGUUCUACGACACCUUUCACACCAUUGCUGAUGUGAUGUACUUCUGUCAGAUGUUAGCCAUUGCUGAGGUUAUUAACCCUGCUCUGGGCUUAGUCAAGACUGGUGUAAUGCCUCCCUUUAUACAGGUGAUGGGGCGGAACUUUGUCCUUUUUGUCAUCUUUGGGAGCCUGGAGGAAAUGCAGAACAAACCUAUUGUUUUCUUUGUCUUUUACCUCUGGAGUGCCAUCGAGAUAUUUAGGUACCCUUUUUACAUGUUGGCCUGCAUCGAUACUGAAUGGAAAACACUGACUUGGCUACGGUAUACUGUUUGGAUUCCUCUGUAUCCACUUGGUGUGCUUGCUGAAGCUGUGGCAGUUAUCCAGUCUAUUCCCAUCUUCAACGACACUAAAUUCCUAAGCAUACCUUUGCCUGAAGCUCUUGGCUCCUCCCUCAGCUUCUCUUACGUUCUGCAGCUCUACUUGUUGCUUAUGCUCCUGGGACUCUUCAGCAACUUCCGUCAUCUCUACAAGCAGAGGAAGAGACGGUUCAGAAUGAAAAAGAGAAAAGCAAACUAAGAUGCUCUGAGAAGAACUGCAGCGUUCUGGUUUUACCGCAGACUCCCUCAGCCCAUUGUUUUCUGCUCUCUAUCUGGAGACAUCAUGUCCAUCCCUCUACUGAACCAAACAAACUGCAUUUACAGUCUAGUUCUCAAAACCAAUAAGAUAAAACAAAAGAUAAGAUAAUUGGGCUGAAAGUAUUUAUAAAUCUGUUUUUUUUAUUAUAAUUUAUGUUUAGUUAAUUGGGCAUUUGGAGUUAAAACUUGUUUGUAUUUAUGACUGCAGAAGUGCAGACAGGCAUUGAGACCAACAACCUCUGGGACCUUGAACAUUUAAACAAAGCAGCAGAGACAUAAUAAAAAGGCAAUAACCUACUGUUAUGUAAUAAACCUGAUAUACAGUAUAUGCUACUGAA